GUCAUUCUCCUAGGCGGAAGUGAGGCUGUCUAGUAUCGGAAACAGGGGCGGGCUUCGAUGAGGGAGCUGCUGGAGCUCGGUGGGCGAAGUUGGGAGAGGCCGAGGCUUGGGCCGAGGCCUGUGAGAAUACCGGGGAUAUGCGAGGGGCAGCGGCAGAAGAGGAGGCCGCGUCCUACCGGGUGCUAAGCCGGUUGCUGGGCUGCGGAGCGGAAACGGGCGAGGAGGCCGCCCGACCCAGGCUCAUGGUAUUCCGGAAUACACUCCGAGGGGAGGAGGAGGAGGCUUCAAUAGAACCGGGGGCCGGGGAGAAAGCCGUGCCUGCAGAGGGGGCUCCUCAGCCGGCAGAACUGUGCCGCCACCGGAAAGCUGCGCACCCCGGGGAGGAAGGCUUGGAGUUACAGCUGGGAGCGCUGGGGCUGCGGGGCGCCGGGUGCCCGUGUGAAGAGACAAGCGAUGCGCUGCUGGUGCUGGAGGCGCCUGAAGCCAGGAGGCUGGAGGAAGAGGAGGAUGGGGAGAGCGGACAGGCCGGGGCCUCCGCCAGGAAAGGGACGGUGAGGAAGGGAUCAUUCAGGAUUCGCCUCUCCAGGAUCUUCCGCACCAAGAGCUGCGCCGGAGCUGGAGGAGCCGCAGACAGGAGAGGAGCCGGAGACCUGGGAGGAUCAGGGGGCAGCCUGACUGACAUGUCCAGGGAGCUGGAGCUGGGCAGGAAACCCCGUUUAACCAGAACUCAAAGUGCCUUCUCUCCAGUUUCUUUCAGUCCCCUCUUCACUGGUGAAACAGUGUCACUUGUGGAUGUAGACAUUUCUCACCGGGGAUCAUGUUCUACUCACCCACCAACUCCACCUCCACCCCCUCGCAGGAGCCUCAGCCUUUUAGAUGACAUUGGAGGCAUACAACCAGCAUCUGUUCUAGUGGGUCCCAUGACCUCGUCUCUGCAGUCCUUCCCACUGCCCCCACCACCACCACCUCAUGCUCCAGACCCACUACCACAAGUGGUUCCCAUUCGGCCACCUGAAUGCACUCCUGUUCCUUUUGUGCAACCCUUACAGUGUCCCAUCUUACGCCAGGAUCCCAGUAGCUUUGCUGCUAGUUUACGAGAGCUGGAGAAGUGUGGCUGGUAUUGGGGACCCAUGAACUGGGAGGAUGCAGAGAUGAAGUUGAAGGGGAAAUCUGAUGGCUCAUUUCUAGUAAGAGAUAGCUCUGAUCCCCGCUAUAUCUUGAGCUUAAGCUUUCGCUCACAGGGCAUCACUCACCACACACGCAUGGAGCACUAUCGAGGUACCUUCAGUCUCUGGUGUCAUCCCAAGUUUGAAGAUCGCUGCCAGUCUGUAGUUGAAUUUAUUAAACGAGCAAUUAUGCACUCAAAAAAUGGAAAGUUCCUGUAUUUUCUACGCUCACGAGUUCCAGGUCUCCCUCCUACCCCAGUACAGCUGUUAUAUCCAGUGUCUCGAUUCAGCAAUGUGAAGUCCCUGCAGCAUUUGUGCCGUUUUCGUAUUCGGCAACUGGUUCGGAUAGACCACAUACCAGAGCUCCCUCUACCCAAGCCUCUCAUCUCAUACCUGCGCAAGUUUUAUUACUAUGAUCAACAGGAGGAAAUUUACCUUUGUUUAAAGGAGGCACGACAUGUUCCCAAAAUGGAAUCUGGUACUGAGAAUUCCACGUAGCAAAGCUCUUGAGUUUAUUUGUGUUGGAUGCAGGAACUGCUGGCAUUAGAACACUGAACAACCCAAUGAAUGGAUGAAAUUAAGGGCAAAGUUUCAGUGGAUCUCCUUCCAAACCCUCCUUACUGCUGUCAGUUAAAACCGAAGAGAGAGAGAGUGUGCAAGACGUGUUGUAACAACUAAUAUCAUCCUUUCCUUGAUUCCCAAGAAAUUUCACGGAGGGUUACGAGGAGCUUCUUGAUCCCUUAUUCCAGCGUCCAUGGUGUCUUAUUGUUGUGUUUUUCUUUUAAUUUUCUGUGAAGAAACCAGACAUGGAUACUGCACCCAUCCAUGUUCCAACUACUGAACCGAUGGUCAUCUCAUGCUGUUGUUUUUUCAAGCCUUUCUAUGUGUGUAUUGGAAACACUUGAAGGUCCCUUUUAUAUUGGAUGGGCUCAAGUCCUCCUGCAGAAAUGACUCUAAUCUGCUGCAGUCAAUGUUCUACUGGGUUUAUACAUCUGAUGAACCAUUGACCUUUGUCUAGGUCAAAUUCCACAAAUAGAUUGAUUAUACUACUGACUAUUUUGCUUGCAGUCUGCCUGAAGUGGCUGAAGUGUGUCAGCACUACUAUGGAACAGUGUAAAUAUACUUUUUUUUUUUUUUUUUUUGGGAGGUCACUGUCCUUCUGUGAUGUAAUGUAAUAUCCCAUAUUUUGCUGUCUUGAACUUGAAACCUUACCUUUCUAACACUGGAAUAUAACAGCCUCCUAUCCACUGCGCGACAAAUCUUUAAAGAUCAAAAUGCUUAUAAAUGGCAAAUUCACCAUAUGACCAAGGGGUGGAUGUAUACACUGUAUGAGGAUAAGUAUGCCCUAAUUGCUGAAGCCACCCAAUAUACGUUUAGGAAAUUAGUCUUUGCAACUUUUUUUUUUUCUUGCAGUGGAGGGUUGGGGGGCCCCUCAGAAAACAUGCUGUUCUUAAUGGGACAGCAAUUUAAAUUUCUUGGAGAGAAAAAAAACUCCAGCACAAACCUUACCCCAUUCCAUAGUCCCUUUUUUUUUUUUUGCGCUUAAUUUAUUGAACAAGAGUCUGUGUGUGUGUGUGUGUGUGUGUGUGUGUGUGUGUGUGUAAUUUAUUUUCCCACUGUCUUAUGUCCCUUCCCUUAAACAAGCUACUUUUUGCUGGGUUUUAAUGUAAGAAAUUUACCGUGGGACUGACCCUGUAUGAGUGUUUUUUGGUUGACAAGAAGAAAGAUGGAUGUGUCCUACAAAGCUCUGUUUGUAUAUAAUGUGUUAUAGGCAUGGGAAGGACACAUUCUUUUUGGUUUUAAUUUUUAUUUUUGAAACAUAUUUUGGACUCUUGCAAUUUCUUUCUUUGUAAAUGUUGAAUAAGAAAUUCCAGAAAAAUUUGUUUUUGUGUCAGUGAUGAGUCUUUCUACUUUGUCUCUCCUGUCCCUCCCCACUCCAUGAGAAAUAAGCACUUGCUUAAUUCUUGAUCUCAUUUGCGGUCUACAGAGGAUUUUUUUAUUUAUUUAUUUUUUGCUGCCAUUUUGUCAUUAAAUGAUUCAAGAGGGGUGGAGAGCAGGUUAAAAAAAUAAACAAUUUAGAUAUACUGGCACUUCAA